AUGCUUGUCAUUUUCAGUCUGUCUCUUCUCCACACGGUUUCUGCCUCUUCGAGCAGCAGCAACGUUGUUCUCGUCUGCACGAAGGACGCUCUGUACAGCUCGCUGUAUCAGAAUGGCCGGCAGUUUUGUUCGUCGGUCCUCGGCAAGCCGCCCUGUGAGGUUGUGACGCCAACGGCGUACGCGACCUAUGAUCCGGCCGUGGUUUCUUCUCGCUGCGGGCCUGACAAGCCUGACGUCUUUGGAUACCGUAUCAUCGGGCUCGAACUGGACUACGGUGGACUUGGGCUCGACGACGCGUUACGCCUCCUCGUCCGCGUCGACCUCGUACGGGUAUACCAACAAUUCUUGGAGCAGCCGGCUCUCGAACACAGCGGGCUCGUCGUCGCCGACGGCUCCGGUCUCAAGCAUUCCGUCUGGCACGACGUCUUCCCUGCAAAGCACCCGACACUCCUUGCCAAGCGGUUCAGGUCCACCACAUUCGAGCAACUCGUCUACUGGCGGUUUUGCGAAUUCGACGGAAACCCGAAGAAGCCUUGGGCCGUCUUCGUCGUCUCGGCUGAGCUCCGUGGACGGGACCUCGAGCGAGGCCUCGAUGUCGCCGUCUUCGAUGUCAACGUGACGACGGUGGGUUUGACGAUUCCGGGACCGGGUUCCUCGUCCUCUUCUCCAAAUUCGACUUCUUCCAUCCACGAUACGGCUCCCGCGGCUCCAUCAACGCACCAUCUCACGUCUGGCAGCACCGGCUCCGAGACGUCGUCCUGGCCUGCGUCGACAGCCACUGCGACUACGACACAUGCUGAAUCUGCUCCCAGUAUCAGCACAUCCAUCUACGUCUCGGCAUCGCCGUCCACCACUACUCCAUUGGCCUCCCUCUCGGUUGCCAACUUGACGCAGGUCACUCGUACUGCGGCAGUCGCGGAAGAAACCUGCUACCGGUUUCCUCAGGAUCCAGAUGCCGAAGACAAACGUCGCAGUGUGUUUCUGCAUAAUCGUGACGUCGAGGCACACAAUGAUACGCUGCCCUCCCCAUACAUGGAGUCUGUGUUCUUUGACGCGGAUGGAGUCCACCCCGUCUUUCUCACCUUGCUCGACCCGCGCGGCGACCGCUACUACAUGGACGUGUCCAACAGAAGCCACUUGUCGGUCAUGGACUCUGAGAGAAAUUCGAUACUCAUCGACGCCAGUGGAGUUCACUUCUCCACCGAGACCUGCGCGUACGACGUUUCCAUCACCAUCAAGGACAUGUAUGAGCAGUUGGAGAGUCUUUCGGGCGAACUGUGCUCCAAGCUCAUUCCCGACGAGCGCCUCACGGAAGAUUCCAGCUUUGAACAGGUCCUCUUUCUCAGGGACCAGUGCGGAAACGCCAUACAACGGUCCGUCCGGAAGUACCCUGCCCUCCGGGUUGGCGAAUCCGAUUGCGUCGACACAGAGGUAGAUUCCUCCACGGGCAAGUGGACAUUUCUGUGUACAUUCCCUGGCUCAGACUCGGCCACCAGCAGAUGUCGCGCGUCGGUGAACAAGGACAUUGUUCGGUUCCUGCUCACGGAUCCAUUCGGCGGAGCUUGUCCCGACCUGUCCACGGUGGCGACGACUCUGGCGGCCACGGCUCAGGAUCUCCUCGGCGAGACUUCUCUCAAGGAAGAGCUGUAUAAGCUGUCCCUCGAUGCUGCACAGCGGAGGGAAGCGGACAGCGCCGUCGAGAAGUACGCCCAGCUGUGGAGCGUCUUCAAGCAAGCCUUGUCCAGGGACGGGGAGAGGAGACCGCGUCGGGGGAGCGCACUGGAACAAUACAUCAGGGUGUAUAACAAGUAUCGAAGCUUCGAGGGCGACAUCUGCGGCGACCUGCACGAUGACGAUCUGCCUCUCAACAUGAGCCUCCGAGCUGGCGUCACCGCCAUAGACUCGAUUACAUCGCUCAAGGCGGUGCCGGGAAAGGCGAGCCCGUUCAACGUCACGGUUCAGGACGCGACCCAGGUAGCUUGUUGUCAGAACGGCGGCAAUUCCUCGUUCGGUAGGCUGAAGGGGUCGUGCUCGUAUCCGGCGAAUGCUACGGUUGGGAAUUCGGAUUGCAUCUGUGGACAAACCUCGGCCGGCGACAGCGUCGCGUUCGAGUACAUGGAGUGUGCUGACUUUGUGGGCCGGUGCACGUCCGACCAUGACUGUGCAGACGCAGGCUACAAGACGUACAAGUGUCUCACUGGAAGUUGCUGCGGAAGUGGUGUUUGUUUUGAUCCUCAUGCCUGUUCGCAGAGGGGGGUGAAGUUGGUUUGA